AUGAAAUUUCAGUUCAAGAAUUAACCUGGAAGGAUCCUUUAGCUAACCAAAUUAUUAGAGAUGAUUCGGAUCUUGUUCAGAAAUUACCGGGAAAUUUAAAAAAGACAUUUAUGAAACCGGUAAGAUCGAUGAAACCUGUUCCUAUACCAAGAAUCGAAGAUAUGUGUAGAAAAUUUGUAUCUAAUUUUUUAUCUGAAAAUUUAUCAAGUUUACCAUAUGACUUAUCACACACAAAAGACUGGAAAGAGAGUGAUGAUAAACUUGAAGAAGUUACGUUAAAAAUUUUGGAAACCUUAAGAUCUGUUUGA